AGCAGUACUCCCAUCUUAUUUUCUGCAUAUAUAUGAAGCACAAAGCACUUCUCCUUCACCCAAUUCAUCAGCAUUGUGUCUUCUCUUACAAUCUCAAUGGGUUCCUUUUCAGUGGAUGAUUUAUCUCUUCCUUAUGAUGCCUUGUUCCUUGGGUUCGACAGCUCUACUCAGUCCUUGAAGGCAACCGUGUUGGAUUCCAAUCUCAACGUUGUUACUUCGCAGCUAGUUCAUUUUCACUCUGAAUUGCCUCAUUACAAGACACAGGAUGGAGUUUAUAGAGACCCCUCCAUUAAUGGCAGAAUUGUUUCCCCCACCUUGAUGUGGGUUGAGGCUUUUGAUCUUGUUCUUCAAAAACUCUCCAACUCCAAUCUUGAUUUUGGAAAAAUUGCUGCUGUAUCUGGUAGUGGACAGCAACAUGGUAGUGUCUACUGGAAGAAUGGAGCUUCUGCAAUGUUAUCAUCGUUGGACUCUAGGAAGCCAUUAGUUGAUCAGCUUCGGGAUGCUUUUUCAACCAAAGAAUCACCCAUUUGGAUGGACAGCAGCACCACAGCACAGUGUAGAGAAAUAGAGAAAGCAGUUGGAGGAGCAUUGGAGUUGUCUAAACUUACCGGAUCUCGUGGUUAUGAGAGAUUCACAGGUCCACAAAUUAAGAAGAUGUUUGAGACACAGCCUGAUGUUUAUAAGAAUACAGAGAGAAUCUCUCUUGUUAGCUCUUUCAUGGCAUCUCUUCUGAUUGGGGCUUAUGCGUCUAUUGAUGAAACCGAUGGUGCAGGGAUGAACUUGAUGGAUAUAAAGCAAAGAGUCUGGUCUAAGAUUGUUUUGGAGUUUGAGGCUUUUGAUGUAAUUAACGUCUGUUGUUCAUCACUGUCUCUACUCCAGGCUACCGCACCAGGUUUGGAAGAAAAGCUUGGUAAACUUGCGCCAUCCCACGCUGCUGCUGGUCAUAUCUGUUCCUAUUUUGUAGAGAGGUAUAAUUUCAAUAAAGAUUGUUUGGUCAUUCAAUGGUCCGGAGACAAUCCAAACAGUUUGGCAGGUUUAACCCUGAACAAACCUGGAGACCUGGCAAUCAGCCUAGGGACCAGCGACGUUGUGUUUGGCAUCACUAAAGAUCCACAACCUAGAUUACAAGGUCAUGUCCUCCCUAAUCCUGUUGACACGGAAAGCUACAUGGUAAUGUUGGGCACCAAGAAUGCGUCUCUGAUGCGUGAAGAUGUUCGUGACCGAUGUGCUGAGAAGUCUUGGGAUGUUUUCAAUAAAUUUCUGCAGCAAUCACCUCCACUAAAUGGUGGGAAGUUAGGUUUCUACUACAAGGAGCAUGAAAUCCAUCCUCCCCUUCCUGUUGGCUUUCAUAGGUACAUUCUUGAGAAUUUCACUGGGGAAACACUUGAAGGGUUGAAAGAACGUGAAGUGCAAGAGUUCGAUCCUCCCUCUGAGGUCCGGGCUUUGAUUGAGGGCCAAUUUCUCACUAUUCGUGCGUAUUCAGAGAGAUUCGGUAUGCCUUCUCCUCCAAAACGAAUCAUAGCUACUGGUGGAGCAUCUGCAAAUCAAAACAUUCUGAACACAAUUGCAUCCAUUUUUGGCUGCAACGUUUUUACAGUCCAACAGCCAGAUUCAGCUUCUCUAGGAGCAGCAUUGAGGGCUGCACAUGGUUGGCUGUGCAACAAGAAUGGUAGUUUUGUGCCCAUCUCAUGUAUGUACGGGAAUUUGGAGAAGACAUCUCUCAACUGUAAGCUGGCGGUGACUCCUGGAGACCAGCAACUUGUUGACAAGUAUUCCUUGCUAAUGAAGAAGAGAAUGGAAAUUGAGGAUCGUCUCGUGCAGAAGUUAGGCCGCUGGUAGGAAAAAAUUAGUUGGUUCUUUUCCUCUCUUUUUUUUUUUUUAAUUGGCAAAAUAAAUUUUAUUAAUAAAAUUAGUUCUAGACU